UAGGUCAGUGGGAGAGGGAGGGAAUUGGAAAAAUAGCCUGCGGGUGGGAACAGAGAUGAAAAGACAAGUUGUUGUGGCGCCAUGUGAUAUACACUGAGAGGGCAAAGCAGUUUGGAAAUGACAGGACGGGGUUAUUUACAAGCCUCCUGCCUCCUGGAGUGAAGGAUCCCAUCAGAGCAAUCAUGUACCAACAGGGCCUCUUCCUAGCAGCCUUCUUCCUAUUUCUCUUCCAACUUCCACCAACAACUUCCAGCCACUGCCAGACGUUCCACAGAUCUGCCUGCAUGAAGCAGGACACCUUUGUGCCUGGCCAUAACUAUAUUGGCGAGGGGGUGGACAUCACCUCUCUGGAGAGAAAGGGAGCGUACGUGGUGGACACCGGCCGAUGGCAGGGCCCAAACGGGACGUGCAAACUCUGCCGGAAUCCCUUGAUGAACGGACAUCUGCAGAAACUCCCCUUGGCUGGAGUGGACUGGCAGGUAGUCCGCUCGUGCCAUCGGCAAGUCAGCAGCUCCGUGGAGAAUUUGGAUGUGGAUGUUGCCAAUGCGAUGGCCAUGGAGGUGAAGAACGACUGGAAAGUAGACCUGGGUUUGGAGAUGGAGGCGAACAACGACAGGGAAGAAGACCCGGGGCUGCCUAAGGCCCGCGUGGCUUUUGCUGGGUCUCGAUCCCGGAUGGCUAUUUAUGCGCAUCAGAAAUCCCGUCAGGACAGUUACAGCUUUGUGAGGCAAGAGGUCUCCUGCGCGUACUACAGGCUGAGACUGCUCCAGAGACCCUCGCUGCUGGCCUCCCACUUCUCCCGCGCUGUGGCCAGGCUGCCAAGGAAUAACAACUCCGAGGAAUACCAGCAUUUUAUCAACAUCUACGGCACCCACUACAUCAGCCACGUGCAACUGGGUGGGCGAUUGCGCCACCUGCUGGCUGUGCAAACGUGCAAGAUGGCCUUGUGGGGGAUUACCGCUUCCACCAUCCAGCGCUGCUUGAACUGGGGAGCUUCUCUAGGAGUCGACUGGCUGUUUGGCUCCGCUUCCCUGAGCUCCAAGUGUGAAGAUCUCAAGAGGGCCUACUCCCGUGGAAUCCUCGAGGAUGCUGAUGCCAAGCAGCACAUCGAAGUUGUGGGAGGAGAUAAGCAGGUGGAGAUGCUCUUCUCCAAAGCUGGAGAAGCCCAACUCUUCCCCGCAUGGAUGGAAAGUGCGAAAACAAAGCCGGGAAUGGUUUCCUACUCCCUCCUACCUUUACAUACCUUGUUGAACCAAAGAGAUCCAAGGAGGGAUUUGCUGAAGCAAGCCAUUGUGGGCCACAUAAACCAGAGGGCCCUCAAGAGGGACUGUCCGCAACAGUGUCCACGCUGGAGCUCCCAGAGCUCAGGUGAGCAAUGCACCUGCUUGUGUCAGCAGGACAGCCUCAACAACGACAUGUGCUGUGCCUGGCAGCGCGGCAGGGCCCGCCUCAAGUUUGUUGUGGUCAACGGAUCCAAGCUUUGGGGCGACCACUUCACAGCCACCGAUGCUUAUGUCAGGAUUUUCUUCCAAGGUCAAGAAAUGAGAACCAGCGUCAUCAGAAACGACGACAACCCUCAGUGGUCGGAGACCCUGGACUUUGGGACGGUCACAUUGGCAGACCACAAUUCUUUUGAGGUUCAGCUCUGGGACAAAGACGUGUGGCGUGAUGACCUUCUGCAGGGCUGUUUCCACCGGCUGGAGGCCGGGGCUGGGACUAUCCGGCACAGAUGUUAUGCGCCUCAUGGAUACGUCGAGUAUUAUUACUUGCUGGAAUGUGGCCGCACAUUGGGUGGCCCCAGCUGUCAAAAUUAUGUCCCCCUACGACUGCCAACUUCUCAUUUCAACUAGUCACCCCCUCCUAAUUCAGUGCUUUUUCCUUGUUCCAUUUAUUUCAGGACGAUGGGAUUGGUAGUCCAACAAUGGCCAGAAGGCCACAGGUUCCCCCACCCACCGAGGGCAGAGUUGGGACAGACCCUAUUGAGGCAGAUUCAGAAGGAAUCUGGCAGAUCUGGGGUUGGGGCCUAGUUGGUCCACAUUGUUAUAAACAUACAAAGCAUCUUUAUGCAGGUUGAGACCACUGGUUUGUCUGGCCUUAUACUCUGCCUGGUAGAGGCCAAGCUCUCAGGAUCCCUCAGGCAGAGAUAAUCUCUAAGACUGUUUCCUAUCUCUGCUGUUUUCCUGCAGCUAUGAGUCAGCGUCUGGAGAUUCCCAGCCCCACAAAAGUGGGUGAAUCACCACUUUCUUUCUCUCCAACUCCUGUGUUACCAAUACAUAUUUGUGUUUACAUAUGCGCUACUUUUAUCCACCUUGCCCUGCAAAAUCCUUCAUGGAUUACAGACAUUCCGGAUU